AUGUUCCAGCUGCAUGGUUCACCUGACGUGUCCGUGGUUGCCUUUAAAAGUUCUGCAUUCAACAUCUAUGCAGUUAGUGACAGACUGAACAAACGAGGAUGGAACCUGAAUACGUUGCAGAAUCCAAACGCUAUUCAUAUAUGUCUCACCUAUAAUCAUGCUAGUCAAGAAGUCGUGGACGCAUUCCUGAAAGAUCUCAAGGAAGUAGUUGAUGAAGUAAGCAGAAGUGAUGAUAAAGGGAACAAAAGUAGCACGGCUGCUCUCUACGGGAUGGCUGCUCAAAUUCCUGACAAAUCAUUGGUGGAUGAAAUGACCUUCGAGUUUCUCGAUGCUUGUUACGCAAAACCACCUCAGCACUGA